UCUGCCCAAUGUUGUCCCUUAAGUCAUGAAAGUACUGCCUGAAAAUGGGACACUGUUAUGCAUCGUUCACCUUUCAGGCCCUGGCAUGGCUGCACAUAGCACUCAACUGGACUUCCCCUGCUAUGAAACCAGCGCGACCACCAGUUUGGGAGAGGAAGCCUUUCAUAGCUGCCUGGAACAUGACAGACCUGAGCUACAAUGUUGCACUGAACCUGAAAACGUUCCAUGUGAUUGGAAGGCUGUUAGCUAAAGCCAGAGGGCAGAACGUGACCAUGUUUUAUUUUAACAGGCUUGGCUAUUAUCCUUGGUACACAUCACAGGAAGUCCCUGUUCAUGGUGGCCUACCCUAGAACUUCAGUUUGCAAACUCAUCUGGAAAAAAAGGGCCAUGUCAUUAACUAUUACAUUCCAGCUAAGGACUUCAGUGGAUUAGCUGUCAUAGACCGGGAGCACUGGAGACCUCAGUGGGCCUGCAACUGGGAUGCAAAAGAUGUCUACAGAAGAAAGUCCAGGAAACUCAUAACUGAAAUGGAAGGCAAUAUUUCAGCAACUGGUGUUGAACAUUUAGCCAGAGUUUCCUUUGAAGAAAGUGCAAAAGCUUUUAUGAAGGAAACAAUUGCAUUAGGAAUGAAAAGCAGACCAAAGGGCCUGUGGGGAUACUAUUUAUACCUUGACUGUCAUAAUUAUAAUUUCCGUGAUCAGAACUACACUGGUUCCUGCCUAAAGAGUGGAGUUUUGAGGAACAAUGAACUUUCCUGGCUCUGGAAUAGCAGUGCAGCCCCGUGUCCUUCCAUUGGCAUUAAGAAACCCCUUGGAAACGACAAAAACAUUUUGCAAUUUUCUCAGUUUAGGUUGAAUGAAUUCAUAAGGAUUUCCUCCAUGACAUGCAAAGAUUAUGCUUUGCCCAUAUUUGUGUAUACUUGACUAGGUUAUAGAGAUGAACCUUUAUUAUUUCUCUCUAUGCAAGACCUUAUUAACACUAUCAGAGAGAGUGCCCUGGGAGCUGCAGGCAUUGUUAUUUGGUGAGAUAUGAUUUUAACUUCUUCGGAGAUAAGCCUCAACUGCACAGAAGUGCAGAAAUCCAUUGAUUCUGAAUUAGGGCCCUACAUUAUCAAUGUCACAGCAGCAGCUGAAGCGUACAGCAGGCAUCUUUGUCAGGACAAUGGAUGAUAUGUGCAAAGAAGCUGGAGAGCCUCGACAAAUCCACAUUUGAACUCUAAGAGCUUCUGGAUAGAUGCCUCGGACGACCAAGGAUUUAUUGUGAGAGGAUAAGCAUCAAAUGAAGAUCUGGAAAUAAUGGCGGAGACAUUUGUCUGCCACUGCUAUCAGCGUUAUGAAGGAAUUGACUGUGGGGAGUUGCUGAUGACCAUCUACGGAGCUCUGCAGACUCAGUCUCACCCAGAAGAUUUACAGCAAUCUGCCUGCUUCCUUUGCCUUUGAUGAGUCUUCUCUAACUACUGCUUAGUCAAAGGGCUGGUUUCAGUCAGUCAAGAGGGAUGGUAGAGUGGAUCCAACAAAAAGUCUCACAUGCUCUGCAGCUGGGGACUGGACAUAUCAUAGUCUCAGACAUAAUCCACACCCUGCAGCUGUGCCCCGAGGUUUAAUGCCCACAAGACAUGGAGGGAGUGGGGCACCCUGAAGACUGAGUCAAAAACAUACAGGUCAUA